AUGGGACUAUCAUGUUCAUGCCCAUUUUCCGCUUAUAAUGAAUUGGAAUCUGUCAUUGUGAACUCACUCAACUUUGGGAACGAUGGAGAGAAAACUCUGGCUCGAUCUAUCAGCUUCAAGGGCCAAAAUCCUGAACUCACAAUAUCACGAUCUAUUGGUUCGGGGAAAAUGUUGCUCGAAGUAUCUGUUAGCUUUCGAAAAAGGGAACAUAGCUUAUUGGGUAUACAAGCAGAAGGUCAAUCAGGUGUUAUGAAGGACAAUGAGACAGUUAAUCAAUCGUGUGUAUCAGAUUACACCACGGAUCAAUUAGCUGGUUCUGCAGUUCUUGUUGAGCAGAGUUGGAUGAACCUGUUAGAUCUUGUAGAACUCAAUUACAAUUCAGUGUUAUUCUUUGAUCUUUUGAAGAAAGAGACUGCAAUUUCACGCUGGUCGAGAGCAGGAAAGAGAGCUGCCAAAGUUGGGAAAGGCUUAUCCAAGAAUGAGAAAGGUCAGAAACUCGUUUUAGAACAUUGGCUUGAGGCAUUUGAUGUGCAACAUCGCUAUGGACACAAUCUUCGAUUAUACUUCAUCGACUGGUUACAUUCUUCAACACAGGAACCCUUCUUCUACUGGUUGGAUAGAGGAGAAGGGAAUAAUCUAAAUCUUGUCGAAAAAUGUCCUAGAUCAAAACUUGAGAAACAGUGCAUCAAAUAUCUUGAUCCUAUGGAAAGGAAGGCGUACGAAGUUAUAGUGGAAGAUGGGAUGCUAUUCUACAAGCAGAGUCGAGAAAUCCUUGACACCACCGGAGAACCAAAGGGUGUCAAAUGGAUAUUUGUACUCAGCACCUCUAAGGCAUUUUUCAUUGGCCCGAAAAGAAAAGGCGUAUUUCAUCACUCUAGUUUCUUGGCUGGGGGAGCCACAUCCGCUGCAGGGAGGAUAGCCGUUGAAAAAGGCGUAAUUAAAGCAGUCUCGCCUCACAGCGGCCAUUAUCGACCAACUAAAGAAAAUUUCCAGGACUUUCUAUCUUAUCUUAUGGAGAACAAUGUGGAUGUUACAGAAAUUAAGAAAUCUGUGGAUGAAGAAGAAGCACUUGGGCCAAAGGGUGGUCUUUUGUUGAGAAAUAACUCAUUCGAUAACUUUCCUGACGAUAUAUUGGUGAUACAAGACGCAGACAUAGAAGACUCGACUGUAGAGAUACUUGCUACUACUUCAGCAGAAUCAUCUUCCCCAAAGCCUUCCCAGAACUCGAUCAAUCUUCAAACACGAAGGGAAGAUGAUUUGUUGGACAGAAUAUUGGGCAGAGAUCAAACAGUCGAAUCAAAGAACUAUGGCUUCGUGCUAGAAUCUAUGCACGAUGAAUUAAAGCAGCAGAAAAAUAAAUUUCUGUGA